AUGGAGAUAUCUGGCUUUUAUCCCUUCAAGCAAGUCAUUGGAGAAAUGGCGUGCUUUGAAGGAGAAAUCCAAAAUAAUCAAAACUCUUUUGGAAAUAAUAAAAAAAUUGGCCAUGAAGAGAUUAAAGUCCAAUCAAUGACUCCAAAAAAGGAAGAAGCUAUGCUGUUAAAGGAUAAGCCAAGAUGAACUGCAGAAGAGGAUCAGUUGCUAUUAGAGUUAUAUUCUAAUUAUGGAGCAAAGUGACAUCAAAUUUCUUUGUAUUUUAAUCAUAGACCAUCAUCAAGCGUAAAGAACCAUUUCUAUAGGCUGAGAAGCAUGAUGACUGCAGACCAGAGGACUGAAAUUAAGGAAGCCCUUAGGACAAACAAAGCUAAAUCAUCAGAAAUCAUACACAACCAAGUAAAUUCUCUUUGCCCAGAAGAUGCAAUUAAAAACAAUCUCGAAGUAUCUUUAACCGAUAGCAUUACGAUUAAUGAUACUCUAAUUCAAAAUUUAGGAGGAAGCUUGAAUAUCUGCACAAAAAUUAAUGAAAUUGGUGACAAACGUUCAAAACUAAAAAUGCUCCGUCACUGGGAAUCAAUACUCAGUAAUUUAGUUGAAAUAAAGAAAACUGAAAUAGGACUUGACAAUAAAACUUCAUAA